AUGGUGCUAGCUGGUAAGCUUAUUACUGAACUUGGAAUCAAAACACCCGCUGACAAGUUCUUCAAACUAUUCACAACAGAAUUUCACGAAUUGCAAAACCAUUGUGAAAGAAUUCAUCAUGCCAAACUGCAUGAAGGUGAAGACUGGCAUGACACUGAUACAGUUAAGCACUGGACUUAUGUCAUAGAUGGUGAGGUACACACAUGUUAUGAGAGUAUUGAAGAAGUUGACGAACAGAACAAAAAAAUAACUUGGAAGAUGUUUGGUGGAGAUAUUGAGAAGCACUAUAAGCUCUUUAAGCUCACCCUUGAAACAACUGAUAAGGCUGAUGGCACUGCUGUUGCUAAAUGCACUAUUGAAUAUGAGAAAAUCAAUGAGGAUACUAAGCCUCCAAAUGGAUGGAUGGACUAUCUUAGCCAAUGCGCAAGAGAUAUUGAUGCUCAUCUUAUCAAAAGAGAAAAGGUUGCUAUAUGA